AUGUCUAUGAAUGAGGAGUUAGGGUCUUGCGGCAUGGUACCGCUAUGCCGACGGAACGAACUUCACGUGGUCCUUCUAAACGACUGUACCGAGUCAAUCGGCUAUUCCAAACGUCUGACCACUAUGGAGAAUCCAUUUCUUCAGCAUGCGCUCCUGGGGAACUUCUUUAGACAUCCUGAUACUCCAUGUUCCGUCAACAGUGCCGAUAGCGAGAAUACCGCCAUUCAUAAGGAUGACCUGCACUUAUACGAGAGUGCCGUAUGGAGUGUCUCCGAUGGCGAGGAGGUCGAUGCCUUCGGUCUGAAACCUUUCGUUACCUCGGUGCGGGAGGCAGGCAGCCCUUUUGGCGGCGUUUUGGAGAAGAGAAACCCGAAUCUUGUAUGCUGGGAUGACGAGCGCGAUCCGCACAACCCCCCUGAACGGGCCAACUUGGAAGAAGAUACUCAACAUUGCUAUCAUUUUCUUGAUGUGCAUAGUAUCCCCUUUCGCAUCCCUCGUAUUCGCACCCGCGAUCCCCGACCUCAUGUUAGACUUUGGAGCCAGAGACCAACACCUCUCCGCCUUCGUCCCCUCCACCACCCCGGUUACGCCGCCGGCGCCCUCCUCAUCAGCCCCCUUUCCGAACUCUAA